AACAAAAUGGUAAAGGUGAUUCUUAUUGUUCUGUGCAGCGUUUGUUUUUUUCUGGUGAAAUCAGCGAUCUCGUUAAAAUGCAAAACAGAUGCCCAACAGACAAAUCAAUUCAAAAAAAUCGUGCAAGUUUGCAAGAAACGAAUUACGGAUGAUAAUAAUUAUAAUUACGAUGAGUCCUCAUUGAGUGAAGAAGACGAUAAUGAUGAAUCUUCGGAUAUAAAUACAUUUGAUACGAAGUUCUUCUUGAUCGGCAGCAACAAAUUCUACAACACUCAUUCUUGGGAAAAUUCAAAUGACAAUCGCAAUCAGUGGAAUGAUCAGAAAAAUGGUAACGAUCAACGCUAUUCUUUCAAUCGUACAAAUAAAAAUAGGAAAAAUGCACAUGAUUCUAAUCAUAACGGCAAUAAUCAUGAUUUUAAUUACUCCGAUGGAAUUACCAAAUCAAGUUGGCAUGACCAAACUUAUAAUACCAAUUCUGAAAAUAAUAAGGAACAAGAGCAAGCCUGCCUCGUCCAGUGUUUCUUCAACGAAUUAAAUAUAGUGGACCAAAGAGGAUUCCCUAAACAGGAUUCGAUUCUUCAACUUAUAACACAUAAUUUACAUAAUUCGGAGAUACAAGACUUUGUAGUCGAAGCUGUUAUAGAAUGUUUUCAUUAUCUGGGUUUAGACAUGAGAGAAGACAAGUGUUACUAUUCACAAAAUCUUUUAACUUGUCUGAACGAAAAAAGAAAGGAAAGUUGUGAAGAUUGGCGUAAUUAAUACUACCAAUACAAUAUUGUAAUAAUGGUUCAGGGGAUCCGUCACGAUUUCUGUUUUAUCGACGCAGUCAUAUAUUUUCGUACUUCUAGUAUAUCUUUUUUUAAUUUGAU